CACAAGACAAGAUGACUAACAAAUCUAAACAUUUUAUCAUGUGUUUUUUAUUCGCAGCCACAGCCAUGGCAGUUGAAGUACGGCGAGAUGAAAAGUGGCCACCCAAGAUGCUACUUCAGUGGUUCCUUCCAGCUGCAAAGGAAUGCAAAGAAAGAACAGGAGUAUCAGAAGAAGCAAUUAAAGAAUUUGACAGUGGCGAAAUUCAUGACGACGCGGCCUUGAAGUGUUACAUGUAUUGUGUUUUUGAAGUUCUCGAAUUGAUAAAUGAUCAGGGUCAAUUAUUUAUAAUGAAAUUAGCAGAUCACAUUGAAUCAAAUUACGACGAAGAAGUUCAAAAUAUUGCAUUUCAAAUGGGCCGGAAAUGCUUACGGCCAGAAGGAGAAAAUAAUUGUGAAAAAGCUUUUUGGUACCACAAAUGCUGGAAGACUCGUGACCCUGUUCAUUACUUCCUGAUUUGAUUUUAAGUUACAGUUUGCACGCUAAAGAGAGGAACUUGGUUAUGGUUUUAUAUUAUCUAUCAAAGACUAC